GCGGCGCGCUCCUGGCGGGGACGGAGCGAGCAGAUCUCGCGUGCGCUCGCCGCCCGGCGCAGCCCAGCCCGGCCCCCGCCCGGCGCCGCGAGCCGAGGUGUCUCCCGCGCCCGCGCCCGUGUCGCCGCCGUGCCCGCGAGCGGGAGCCGAAGUCGCCGCCGCCCGAGAGCAGCCGAGCGCACGCCGAGCCCGUCCGCCGCCGCCAUGGCCACCACGGUGACCUGCACCCGCUUCACCGACGAGUACCAGCUCUACGAGGAUAUUGGCAAGGGGGCUUUCUCUGUGGUCCGACGCUGUGUGAAGCUCUGCACCGGCCAUGAGUAUGCAGCCAAGAUCAUCAACACCAAGAAGCUGUCGGCCAGAGAUCACCAGAAGCUGGAGAGAGAGGCCCGGAUCUGCCGCCUUCUGAAGCAUUCCAACAUCGUGCGUCUCCACGACAGCAUCUCGGAGGAGGGCUUCCACUACCUGGUCUUCGAUCUGGUUACUGGUGGAGAGCUCUUUGAAGACAUUGUGGCGAGAGAGUACUACAGCGAGGCUGAUGCCAGUCACUGCAUCCAGCAGAUCCUGGAGGCCGUUCUCCAUUGUCACCAAAUGGGGGUUGUCCACAGAGACCUCAAGCCAGAGAACCUGCUCCUGGCCAGCAAGUGCAAAGGGGCUGCAGUGAAGCUGGCAGACUUUGGCCUGGCCAUCGAGGUACAGGGGGACCAGCAGGCAUGGUUUGGGUUUGCUGGCACACCGGGCUACCUGUCCCCUGAAGUCCUUCGCAAAGAGGCAUACGGCAAGCCCGUGGACAUCUGGGCAUGUGGGGUGAUCCUGUACAUCCUGCUCGUGGGCUACCCGCCCUUCUGGGACGAGGACCAGCACAAGCUGUAUCAGCAGAUCAAGGCCGGCGCCUACGACUUCCCAUCCCCCGAGUGGGACACCGUCACUCCUGAAGCCAAAAACCUCAUCAACCAGAUGCUGACAAUCAACCCCGCCAAGCGCAUCACAGCCCACGAGGCCCUGAAGCACCCGUGGGUCUGCCAACGCUCCACGGUAGCCUCCAUGAUGCACAGACAGGAGACAGUGGAGUGUCUGAAGAAAUUCAAUGCCAGGAGGAAGCUCAAGGGGGCCAUCCUCACCACCAUGCUGGCCACGCGGAAUUUCUCAGUGGGCAGACAGACCACCGCUCCGGCCACAAUGUCCACCGCGGCCUCCGGCACCACCAUGGGGCUGGUGGAACAAGCCAAGAGUUUACUCAACAAGAAAGCAGACGGAGUCAAGCCCCAGACGAAUAGCACCAAAAACAGUGCGGCCGUCACCAGCCCCAAAGGGACGCUGCCUCCUGCCGCCCUGGAGCCUCAAACCACCGUCAUCCAUAACCCAGUGGACGGGAUUAAGGAGUCUUCGGACAGCGCCAACACCACCAUAGAGGAUGAGGACGCCAAAGCCCGGAAACAGGAGAUCAUCAAGACCACGGAGCAGCUCAUCGAGGCUGUCAACAACGGCGACUUCGAGGCCUACGCGAAAAUCUGCGACCCAGGCCUGACCUCAUUUGAGCCCGAAGCUCUGGGCAACCUGGUCGAAGGGAUGGACUUCCACAGAUUCUACUUCGAGAACUUGCUGGCCAAGAACAGCAAGCCGAUCCACACGACCAUCCUGAACCCGCACGUGCACGUCAUCGGGGAGGACGCCGCCUGCAUCGCCUACAUCCGGCUCACACAAUACAUCGACGGGCAGGGCCGGCCCCGCACCAGCCAGUCCGAGGAGACCCGUGUGUGGCACCGCCGUGACGGCAAGUGGCAGAACGUGCACUUCCACUGCUCGGGCGCGCCUGUGGCCCCACUGCAGUGAAGCCCAGGGAGGGGCACGGAGUGGGGAACGGGACACAGGAUCCUAAAAUCCAAAGGGGCUGUCCCCCAACGAACACUCAGCGUGGACGCCACCUCCGUCCUCGCUGUGCCCAGGACAGCUGCCCCCAUCCAUGGACACAGGGUAAACAUCUGCUGGGCUCCGCACUAGUGGCUCCCUGGGCCACAGGACAGCGGCAGGGCUCGCCAUGGACAGUGUGUGGCCCAGCGGCCGGCCACCCUGGCGUCCUAGGGCCUCCUCCCCUCCUCUCCCCUUCACCUUGUCAUCUCCACAGAGCUGCCUGUCUGGGAUAAUUUGGGGAUUUUUUUUUCUGGGGGAUAAUUCUUUUGCAUGACCCCUAAAGAGCAAGCCACAGCCGCUCUGCUAGCUAGGUGUCUGCGGUGUGGUGGCAGUGGCCUGCCGGCCAGUGCUGCAGGAGUCAGCUGCCCACGGUGCUGGCUGGCCUCCCCUUUUCUCUCUUUUUGCUGAGUUUCAUUGUCUUUUCUUUCUGAGCCUUGUAAGUGUACAAAAAUUAUUUUGUUCUGUCUCGGGAAACUGCAAAUAAAAGAAAAACAGGACAAACUGC